UUUUAGCAAUAUUUAUACACUAACAUUUACAGUAAUCUUUUAAACUAUUUAUUUUUAAUAGUUUUUUUAUAUUAUAAAACUAACCAUUGCAUCAAUAUUUCUAAAAUAACCAAUACUGAAUUAACGUCACUGUUUUACUUAUAUAAAAACAGAUUUUAUACAAUAAUCAGAUUUACAUUAUUAUUUAGACAAAGUGUUUAAAAUUUGUAUUAGAGCAUAUUCUGGGACAACAUGAUUAGAUCAAUAGAUCUUCCACUUUUACCUGGAAAUUCGUUUCCAAAUAAUAUUGGUCAGACGAGGUUCCACAAGUCACAUCAUUUCGAGCAGUUGGAGGUUCCCUACCUGAGUGAUAAAGAGAGGCCGGGUAUCGGAGGGGCACCUAUAUAUUACAGCAGACCCAGGCGUUACCCAUCUAUCUACGCAAGAGGCGAUGUUUCAGAGUUGCCUACUUGGAUCGCCUUCGACAGACAGAUGCUUGCGUUCGAUGCCUACUUCCAAGAGUCUAUCCAUGAAGUUCACGGAUACAACCAUCUUGUACGGAAAUGCAGGAUAUAUUUCUACCUGGAGGAUGGCACAAUUAAAGUUGUUGAACCAAAGGUGGCCAAUAGCGGAAUACCUCAAGGAUGCUUGAUGGCCAGACAGAGGAUUCGAUUGCCAAAGUCAUCAGGAUCGGAUGAAUUCUACGAUAUUAUAGACUUCAACAUAGGCAAGACAGUGGAGCUGCAUGGGCGAGUGUUCAAGAUUACUGAUUGUGACAACUUUACGCGAGUGUUCCUCAACCGACUCGGAAUAGCAGUGCCAGACCCUAUUGCCAUGCCGGCAGACCCCUACACUCAGCGACGUGAACAGGCAAAGUACGAGAUUCAGCCUAAGAAGCCAACGACGAAGACUGACAAGCUAGGACAGUUCCUGGCGAUGGAUGGAAAGGUUCUGUGUUUUACUGGCUACUGGGACGAUAGACUGACUUGUGAUGGAGAUUUACAUCUUCUCAAGGUUCUCUACUAUCUGGCUGAUGACACUAUUGAGGUGAAAGAUGUUACUUGGAAGGGCCAACCAUAUACAUUGUACAAGAGAGCCAAACUACCUAAGGAUUUCUUAGGUCUGAAAGAGCCUGGUGUGGACUCACCAUUUACGGUCCUGAACGUGCUCGGCUCCGGGACACAGAAAGGCAGGUUUCUGGCCGACUCUUUGAACUGUGGCCGCAGCCAGGUGCAGUACUACCGUGACAACGAUCUGGCCAUUGGAACUGUGGUCAAUGUGUAUGGUCGCCGCGUUGUGCUCACUGACUGUGACCCUUUCACUCGCGAGUACUACAGGGUCAAAUAUGGUCUAGAGGAUAUGACACCGGCACAACGGCCCAAGACUAAGGCUGAAGAGGCUGUGGAGCCGCUACCAGUGCCAGAACUGCCACCUCACAACGGUUAUGGCACUCAUGAGGACUCAGCUAUCAACUGCCGGACUGUCUUCCCCUUUCCCCCCAUCAAGAACUACACUCAGUUCUUCCAAAAGGACAAGUGUGGGUUUGACAGCCAUAUCUUGCGGUUCGGUGCUCAGCUGAUGACAAGUACGGUGACUGACAGUUGUCGUCCAUUUGUCAUCAGCUACUACCUCAGCGAUGAUACCAUCAGUGUCUACGAGAACGCUCCUGUCAACAGUGGUUACAGUGGUGGGAUGCUAAUCUCCAGACGCAAAAUAAUGAAGCCAGGAGAGAACCCGAUGGCAUCCCAACCUCCUGCAUACUACACUCACCAGGACUUGUAUAUUGGCAACACUGUGUGCCUCGAGAACUUCAAUCUGAAGUUGGUUUCUGCUGACGAGUAUGCUCUACGUUACAUGGAACUUCACGCCAAUGAGUUUCCCAAAAGCAACAUAAGGCUGAUCUUGGAAAAGCUUCGCGAAGGUCUUCGGCCCAUUUACAAGCAGUUUGUGGCUCAGCAAAUGACCAACAAUAAUUUACCUCUGAUUCCAUACUACGACUUCAGACAAGCCAUAAAGGAUGUGCUGAAAGACUCCAUCACAGAACACGAGAUCAUCACUUUGGCGAGGCACUAUAGCGGUGACCCUCCGGCUGAAGACUUGAACUGUGUGCAGAUUCAAAGCAUGGUGCAGAAUGAGCUGAAACGAUACCUGUUCAACGCAUUUGAGCGGCUGGAGGAGGGUUUCUGCUACAGGGACCCGGACAAGACAGGUUUUGUCACCAAAGACACAGCGUACACUGUGCUGCGCGGAGCGAACCUGCCCGUCGAUAGGGAUUUGAUCCAGUUGCUACUUGACAGAGUGUGUGACGAACGUUGUUUGGUGAACUACUGCCGGUUGGUGCAGUUCCUCGACUACAAGAAGAACCCAGCUCCGUCCCUACAGCCAGUCAGCAUUGGUAGUUCUGUUGGUGUGAUAGCCCGCAACAGACCUCCGGUCAAUGUUGACAUCAAGUGUGUAGACUUGCAGAGCCUCAUAGCUGACAUUGACCUGGAGAAGACUCUGAAAGAUAACAUAAAACUUCUGUUGCAGAGUUCUGUUGGUGUGAUAGCCCACAACAGACCUCCGGUCAAUGUUGACAUCAAGUGUGUAGACUUGCAGAGCCUCAUAGCUGACAUUGACCUGGAGAAGACUCUGGUUGAUAACAUAAAACUUCUGUUGCAGAGUUCUGUUGGUGUGAUAGCCCACAACAGACCUCCGGUCAAUGUUGACAUCAAGUGUGUAGACUUGCAGAGCCUCAUAGCUGACAUUGACCUGGAGAAGACUCUGGUUGAUAACAUAAAACUUCUGUUGCAGAGUUCUGUUGGUGUGAUAGCCCGCAACAGACCUCCGGUCAAUGUUGACAUCAAGUGUGUAGACUUGCAGAGCCUCAUAGCUGACAUUGACCUGGAGAAGACUCUGGUUGAUAACAUAAAACUUCUGUUGCAGAGUUCUGUUGGUGUGAUAGCCCGCAACAGACCUCCGGUCAAUGUUGACAUCAAGUGUGUAGACUUGCAGAGCCUCAUAGCUGACAUUGACCUGGAGAAGACUCUGGUUGAUAACAUAAAACUUCUGUUGCAGAGUUCUGUUGGUGUGAUAGCCCGCAACAGACCUCCGGUCAAUGUCGACAUCAAGUGUGUAGACUUGCAGAGCCUCAUAGUUGACAUUGACCUGGAGAAGACUCUGGUUGAUAACAUAAAACUUCUGUUGCAGAGUUCUGUUGGUGUGAUAGCCCGCAACAGACCUCCGGUCAAUGUUGACAUCAAGUGUGUAGACUUGCAGAGCCUCAUAGCUGACAUUGACCUGGAGAAGACUCUGGUUGAUAACAACUGA